UUAAUUUUUUAAUUAAUAAUUUAAUUAAAUUAUUAUUAUUUAUUAAUAACAAGUGGAUUAUUUAAUGUGGCAUCCAUUCAUGCUCCUAAUCUAUAUAAAAGGGGCUAGCUAUCUCAUUGAAGAAAGCAAAUGCAUGGCUAUCAGAUGCUUCUCCGAUAGGAUGAAGAUGUGAAUAUUAUCGGCCGGGCAAUCACUUGAGUUAUAAUGGAGAAUAAAGAUAGUACUUCUACAGUCGACAUAGACGCGGAAUGGGCAAGUGAAUUGAAAAAUAAGUCAAGCUAUGAAACAGAAAGACAAGUUAGGGAUCAAAAUUCAACCAUCUUUAAAGUCUCAGAAUUUUUGCGAAGUGUUCAGCCUAAAGCCUAUGAGCCAAUGAUCGUUUCGCUCGGACCUUACCACUGCCAUCAACCUCACCUUCAAGACACCAAUCAGCUCAAGUGGCUCUUGCUCAACAAAUUGUUGGAAAAGGGUUCUGAAAAAAGUCUAAAGAACUAUCUCAUACUCAUCAAGAAAGAAGAAACCAAAGCACGAACUACUUACUUUCAACCUCCAGCCGACAUGUGUGAAAAAAAGUUCAUCGAGAUGAUGUUGUUGGACUGUGUGUUUGUCAUUAUGAUCUUGUGGUUUUGGAAGGAGGACGGAAGCGGAUUGAAAGCAAUAGAAAAGCCGAUCUUUAUGAGCGGGCAAGGAUCAUGGAGAAUAGUGGCGCGAGACAUGUUGCUAUUGGAGAAUCAACUGCCCUUCUUUUUGCUUGAGGCUUUGUUCGACAAAGCAUUCCCUAACAUGCGUGGUAGUCUAAAGGAAUGGGUGGUCCAAUUCUUCAGUGGCUUUGUCAUUAAUAACGAGAUAUCACGAGUGCCUAAUGAUGCUACUCGAGUUCACCACAUUCUCCAUCUUUUUUACUUAUGCAUUGUGCCGUUAAACACAAGUAUAAGUAUUAAUGCUCCACCCGAUCAUCAUCGUCAGUCAACUUGGAGGACGCUAGGAUGGCUUCCGAGUGCGACUCGCCUGAAGGAGACGGGAAUCGGAUUCAGGAAGAAGCGAAAGCCGACGAAUUUCUUAGACAUCAGCUUCAAGGGAGGGGUUCUGGAGAUCCCUCAGAUCGAGGUGGACGAAGACACCAACAUCCUGUUGAGGAAUCUCAUCGCGCUGGAACAGUGUCGCAUUAACGGCAAUACUGCCGCUGGCGACGACGACCCCAUCACGGCUUAUGCUUUGUUCAUGUCUUGCAUCAUUGACACCGCUGCAGAUGUGGAAAUACUCCAGCUAAAGGGGAUCAUCGUCAGCAGGCUGGGCAACAACGAACAGGUCGCCCAGUUCUUCAACAGACUUUGCAAGGAGGUGGUGGUGGACUACGACAGAUGCGACAUUUCACGAGUCUUCAAGGAAGUUAACGAGCACAGGAAUUCUGCAUGGAACGCAUUGCGUGCGGACCUUAACCGCACAUACUUCGGCGAUCCACGGUCAAGUCUCUCAUUCAUGACAACUUUUUGGUCCCUUUACAUUGCGGUCAUUCAACUAGUUUUGGCUUUUCAAAAUUCUCGUCGACGGGGAUGACGGAAUGUAUCGAGUCGAUCACUUUGUAACUUGUUGCAAUA